CUCCUGAUCAAAGAUGGAUCCGCAGAUCUGCAGAGCUCUGCCUCUGUUCGUUCUGUUCGCUGCGGCUACUCACAUCAGCAGAGCUUCCAAUGAGACUGAGCACAAAUUCGGAUCAGCACAGGACUCGCUCAUGUGUUAUGAGUGCAAGGGUUCGGGGAACUCUUGUGUGGAGAGACCAGUGAUUUGUCCCAUUGGAUUUUCCAACUGCAUGAGCACAACCACCAUAUUACAAAUCGGUGACACUCAUAUGGAAAUGAAUCAAAAGGAAUGUAUUGAAGACUGUCAGGACACUUCCAUGAACUUAGGCAUUUCAAAAUCAGCCUUUUCCUGCUGCGGCACUCGCCUGUGCAACUCCAGAGAUGCUCCAGAUCCCAGGACUAACGCUCCCAACGGAAGGACAUGCUACUACUGCGACGGGCAGAGCUGCUCGAACACCGUCAGCUGUUCGGGGUCUGAGGACCGCUGCAUUACAGCCACAGGGACUGACAGAGGCCUGCCCACACUUGUAAAAGGCUGUGCCUCUAAACAUAUUUGUGGGGCCCGAAAAUGUUCUUUUAUUCAGAACGCCUCGUGUUGUGAGGGGGACCUAUGUAAUGGUGAUAGCAGUGUCACCCAGGCCGUCACCCACGGCUUCAUAUACAACACUGAUGAGAGUGUCGAUCAAAGCGUCACCCAGAGCAUCGUCCACAGCUUCACGCGUACGAGAGCCACCAAGAGACUCGCGUAUAACGACGUUCAGAACGUCACCGAGAGACUCACGUAUAACUUUGCUAAACGAGUCAGGCCAAAAUUCAGCUUUAACAGUUAUAGACGAGUCAGCUAUAGAUCACCGUAUAACAGUGCUGAGAGUGUCAAGCAGAGCUUCCUGUUCCUCUGCUGUUCUCUGCUCUGCUACUUCCUGUGGCUCUGAAUCUAGCAGCUCCUCAGAUUCUACAAUGAGACGUGCUGUGGAGAAUAUACAGCUCAUGUUUCCGCUGUGCUAACUUUGUUCUGUAUUUAUACGAUCAUUUUAUGAAAUAAAAUUGAUCCCCUCAUUCCUGGAGUCAAAUGUAAUAAGGUUUGGCAUGGUGGAAAGAUGUUCAAAACACACACUGAAGCAAUAAAGAUUGUUUCUUACAAAAAUCAUAAAAUCAUGUUUAUGUUCAGAAGAGACAUGACAAUCAUCUGAUUAUUCAAAGCUGUCAAAAGUUCAUAUUUAAUAUUUGCAUUUCCACCAUGAGUUACAGAUGACAAUGACAAAAAGAGAAAUAAUCCGAUAUAAUCAGCAUAUUUCACAAAUGCUUUUGUCGAUUGUUUUAUCCAACGAGUAUAAGAGGUACAGUCUAACUAAUCAAUCUGAUUCAAUUCAAUAUCCAUUGAUCAUAAAGCAUUAAACACCAAUUUUUCUUAGGGUUAAAACUCUCAGCUAAUACUGAAAUCUAUAACACUCAAGUUGGUAUAUUAGAAUAAUGUUAAAAGUUCAAAUUAACAGAGCUCUAACUAUCAAAUUCCAUUCCUAUUCGUUUUCAGAUUAUUUGACUGAGGUGUUUGGUAGUUACACAAGGGAUUUAUUGUGUUUUGUAUCUUUCCACAGACCUUUUGAAGU